UUAAGCUUAGUCUAAAUUCAGUAAUUUGUCCUUUUUUAGCUUUUUAAUAAUUUUUGUCAUUUCAGCAACAAUUAUUUAAUUCAUGUGUAAACCUAAUUCAGUCCUUUUAAUUUUUUCAAUUGAUUGCAGUUUUAAACCUAAUUUGUAAAUAAUUCAGCGGCCUAGCUUUUGUUUAAUACACCUUUAAUUUUUGAUAAGCAUUAUAAAAUUUGUUAAUGUGUAAAUAUAAAAAUUCAAUUUAAUAUAACAAGUUGUUAAGAUUAUGAAAUAUGUUGGAUAAUUCGCCUGUUUCAGUUUUAAAAUCCCCUCCUUCUGACGCCAUAAUAUUGGACCCUGUAGUUCACGAGAAUAUAAUUAGAAUCCCCAAGCCUGAGAUAAAGGAGCGCAUUGUUGAGGUCCCCGAGAUUGAAUAUGUCGAGAAGAUAAUCGAAGUGCCUGAGCCAGUUUACGAAGAGAAGAUCGUCCACGUUCCAAAGCCGGUGGUUUGUGAGCGUGUCAAGCAGGUAAAGAGGCCUGUGAUUCAGGAGAAGAUUGUAGAGGUUCCAGUGGUUCAGGUGGUUGAGAAGGUGGUUGAAGUGCCUCAGUAUGUUUACCAGGAAAAGGUUGUUGAGGUACCGAAAGUCGUUGUUCAGGAACGAAUCGUCUCAAUUCCUAGAAAAGUAACAAAGGAAAGGGUCGUGGAAGUUCCAAGAGUUGAAUAUCGUGAGGUGAUAACUGAGAAAGUGGUUGAGGUUGAGGAAGAAGUUCCUGAGAUUGUGGAGAAGGAAGUUCACGUAACUCAUUACAUUGACCGCCCUUACGAGGUUGAGAAGGUGAUUGAAGUGCCUCAGGUUCAGCACCUUUACAAGGACGUGUACAAGACACAGUAUCGCAACGUUCCUCAGCCUGUGGAGGUGCCUGUAACUCACUACCGCAGGGUCCCUGUUGAACAAGUUAUUGAAAGGAACGUCCCUGUACCUGUUGAGCUUGAAGUUGUUAAGAAGAUUCAGUGUCAAAAAUUCGAGCCAAGGUACAGAGAGGUCCCUGUUCCUGUACACGUUCAGAGAGUUAUUGAUCAUCCAUUGCCGGAAAGAGUCCUGAGGAACCCUGAAACUGCUCCAGAAUAUUACAAAGAUGUGCAGAAGGAUCUUGAACGUCUAACUAAAUGA